AUGGCAAGAAUAAACAUUUUUUUACAGUAUAAUAUAGUCUUAACAUUCUUGGCAUUUUUGUUUUUGGUAACAGAAGGGGUACCUCAGAGUGCACUGGUCACUCAACUCCCUGGAUUCAAUGGCACUUUUAACUCAAAACACUAUGCUGGGUAUGUUAAUAUAGAUGAGAGUCAUGGCAAGAAUUUGUAUUACUACUUUGUUGAAUCUGAAAGAAAUCCAUCAAAGGAUCCAGUUGUUCUUUGGCUUAAUGGUGGACCUGGCUGUUCAAGCUUUGAUGGCUUUGUCUAUGAGCAUGGACCUUUUAAUUUUGAGGCGGGAAAGACAAAUGAUAGCCUGCCCAUUCUGCAUAACAAUCCAUACAGUUGGUCUAAGGUUUCCAAUAUAAUAUAUCUGGAUGCUCCUGUUGGUGUUGGAUUAUCUUACUCGAACGAUAAAGCUGACUAUAACACAGGGGACUUAAAGACUGCAUCCGAUACCCAUUCGUUUCUCCUCAAGUGGUUUGAGAUUUACCCGGAGUUCCUCACGAACCAAUUUUACAUAUCUGGAGAGUCUUAUGCUGGAAUAUACGUACCAACUCUGGCUUCUGAUAUAGCAAAAGGUAUUGAUGCUGGAGUAAAGCCCGCCAUCAACUUUAAGGGUUACAUGGUGGGAAAUGGCGUGACAGAUGAUAUAAUAGACGCUAAUGCUCUUGUUCCAUUUCAACAUGGUAUGGGCCUUAUUUCAGAUAAAAUAUUCGAGGAAGCAAAUGCUGCAUGCCAAGGAAACUUCUACAAUGAAACGAGUCAGCAUUGUAAAGACAUGCAAGGUAAAAUUAAUCGGAAUGUUGACGAUCUAAACACGUAUGACAUUCUAGAACCGUGUUACCACAACACUGUACCUGAUGUAACCACUGAUAACUCAAGAUUACCAAUGAGUUUUCGAAAACUAGGUGAGACAAAAAGGCCUUUUCCUGUCAGAAAAAGAAUGUUUGGCCGUGCUUGGCCUUAUAAUGCUCCAGUAAGAGAGGGACUUGUCCCAUCUUGGCCGGAGAUUCUCAAACAUACAAACUACGUCCCUUGCAUUAGUGAUCGUAUUGCUACAGUGUGGCUAAAUAAUGAAGAUGUUCGUAAAGCAAUUCAUGCUGAACCAAUAACUGUGAUAGGUCGCUGGCGGCUUUGCUCAAACAAACUAAUCUUCACUCAUGAUACUGGAAGCAUGAUUCCAUAUCACAAAAACCUCACAGCUUGGGGAUAUAGGGCACUCAUAUACAGUGGGGAUCACGAUAUGUGUGUACCAUACACUGGUUCAGAAAAAUGGACAAGUUCACUUGGAUAUGCAAUCGUGGAUGAAUGGAGGCCUUGGUAUACAAAAGAAGAAAUUCAAGGUUACACACAAGGUUAUGCCAACAACCUCACUUUUCUGACUAUUAAGGGAGCUGGACACACCGUGCCUGAGUACAAACCACUAGAGGCGUUGGAGUUCUAUGAACGUUGGCUAGAGGGCAAGAAGAUAUGA